AUGUCGGAAAUUACGGAACGCGAAAAGAUGCUCCGCGGUGAGCUAUUCCGUGCCUUUACGCCUGAUCUUGUGGCAGCUCGCGCACGGUGCAAGUAUGCCUGCAAUCGAUUCAAUAACACAGAUGAGGCAUCGCGUCGGCGUCUUGUUGAACUGUGGAGAGAUAUUGUCGAUGACAAGACACCUCUCCCAGAGCCUCUUGCAGAUCCUGCAGCAGAUAACGAGCUUUUUAAGAACGAGCCCUGGGUCGAAGCCCCUAUCAAAGUGGACUAUGGAUUUAAUGUGCGACUCGGCGAAGGUGUCUUUGUGAACUUCAAUUGCGUUUUCAUCGAUAGUUGUCCUAUCACAGUUGGCGCCCGGACCAUGUUAGGCCCUAAUGUCAAUUUGUUUGCAGGAAACCACCCCCUGGACCCUGCGCUGAGAAACGGGACUGAAGGUCCUGAGUCGGGCAAGCCGAUCACCAUUGGCGAAGAUUGCUGGAUUGGCGGAAACGUCAUCGUGCUACCUGGAGUCACCAUCGGGAAAGGUUCGACGGUUGGAGCUGGCAGUGUUGUUACCAAGGAUGUUCCUGCAUUCCAUGUUGUUGCUGGUAAUCCAGCGAGAAUCAUCCGACGACUCGAAACUGCAUUCGCUGAGUGA